CGUUAGGGCUCAUUUCCUCUGUGAUAAGCAAAGUUACAGUGCUAUGCCACUGUGAAGAUGGGCCAGGCUUUGUCCAGGAGGACCAGGCAAGAAGUCACUGACAAGUAUCCAUGUUCAUCAAGCUGUUGGAUACAGUGAAACCGGUACCAUCAAGAUGGCUAUCUGUGACUAGAAGAGCCUGAUAAACCCACAAAAGGAAGUCUUCACUUCUGAAAGCACAGAGAAUGGAUAAUUCCUUGGAUGGGAAUGAGUUGCAGGAGCUGAUAUCCUGGCUCACACGGCCCUUAUCUGCCUUCAUCAUUUUAGCCAAUCUCUUUAUCAUCAUUGGGAUCAUCUUCAACCACAAGCUCCAUGGUGUCAUCAACUGGUUCUUCCUAAGCCUACUUUUUGCUGAUCUUCUGGCUGGGGCAGCCCUUCCAACUAUCCCCCAACUGGUCUUUAAAAAAAAAUGGGGCUAUCACCUUUGCUUCUUCAUUUAUGUGACACCCAACUUCAUCUUUCUCUCUUUCUUAGCCAACCUUCUGGUGGUACAUUAUGCUAAGUAUGUGUGCAUCAUCCACCCAUUACAUUACCACAAGUCCUGGGUAUAUCGUUGGGCUGCUUUAUACUUAUUCUUGGCCUGGACUGCUCCUUUGAUCUUUGCCUGCCUCCCAUUCAUUUGGAACCACUGGCAACCCCAUGUCAACUGUUCCUCACGCCUUGUCUUCCCCAUGCCUUACCUCUACUUAGAGACCUACGGGCUCCUCAUUCCCACCAUCCUUGCCAUGGUCUUCAUGUGCAUCCAAGUGCUGUGUGUAGCCCGAAGGCAACUGAAGAAUAUCACAAAGCUCCUUCAUUCAGUGAAUCGAGGUCAGGCCCCUUCAGCCCUGGAGCAGCAGCUGGAACUGCGGAAUGUUAAGGCCAUUGCUGGAGUGUCCCUCAUCUUCUUGGUCUGCUGGGUGCCAUAUAUUGCUUGCUUGAAUAUUUCAUUGCUAUCCAUACAGUACAAUUCUGUAAGUUCCCUCACUCUCACUAUUGUCACCUGCCUAGGUAAUGGCAGUGCAGCUGCGGUGCCCAUCUUCCUCAGUCUUAGCAACCGCCAAUACAUACAGUUUUGGAGGGAUGUGGGAGUCUGUGGGAGCUGCUGCCAAGGACAGAGGUGCAGGCAAAAGCAAGCCAAGUCAAAAUCCACAAUGGCACCCAGUAAGCCUUGCACCCCAGAGACAGACCCAAAUGGAGCACAGGGCCAACAUCUUCCCGUUGAAGACCACAAACCCUCACCAGCAGCAGAUGAAGCCAGGGAUGUUUGGAAUUAGCUAUCAGGUUUAGCACAAGCUUCUGAAAAAGACUGUACUAAAGAAUCCUGAAUAAAGUAUUUUUCUACCUAUAUUGGCCCAAAGAACAUAUG